ACCAAAUCCGGUCCGGCUGCCAAAUCUGUCCGCCACUAGCGCGUCUCGUGUAAAGUCACGUUUGAAUGUGGCGUGUACGUAUUAUUGCACUCAAUUUAAUUAAUUUGAAAAUCACGUCCAAAAUAAACUUAAGCCAAGCCGGAAGUGUUUUACGACUGUUAAAUUCACAAGCUAGCGGCGGGUGUUUACUCUCUGUAGGCGUUACUCGCACAGAACCACGAUACAUGUCAAGUCAGCCCAAGAGACUGCGCAGUGAAAACAUGACCGUUAAGAAGAUUGGAACUCACAACGGAACCUUUCAUUGUGACGAAGUUCUGGCCUGUUUCUUCCUCCGUCAGCUACCUGAGUACAAGGAUGCCGAGAUCAUUCGGACCAGGGACCUGACACAGCUGGCAGAGUGUGACAUUGUUGUAGACGUGGGAGGAGAGUUUGACCCAAAGAGGCAUCGCUACGACCAUCAUCAGAGGACCUUUGCAGAGAGCUUCCACAGCCUGUGUCCAGAGAAACCAUGGGUGACCAAACUCAGCUCAGCCGGCCUGGUCUACCUACAUUUUGGUCGUCAGCUGCUGGCCCAGCUGACGCAGCUAAAGGAGGGUGACAGGCAGCUGGAGGUGCUCUUUGACAAGCUGUAUGAGAACUUUGUGGAGGAGGUGGAUGCUGUAGACAAUGGCAUUUCACAGUAUGAUGGGGAGGCCCGCUACUCCGUCUCCACCACGCUGAGCGCACGUGUCAGCCACCUGAACCCACGCUGGAACAGCAAGAGUCAGGACACUGAGGAGGGUUUCAGACAGGCUAUGCAGUUGGUUGGGGAGGAGUUCCUGGACCGUCUGGACUUCUACAAGUCGUCCUGGCUGCCGGCUCGUGCAGUGGUGGAGGAGGCUGUUAAGGAGAGGCAUCAGGUAGAUCCCAGUGGGGAAGUGGUGCUGUUCGCCCAGGGCGGGUGUCCCUGGAAGGAGCAUCUGUUUGCCCUGGAGAAGGACCUCCAGGUGGAGACGCCCAUUAAGUUUGUCCUUUACCCCGACCAGAAUGGACAGUGGAGGGUCCAGUGUGUCCCCGCUGGGCUCAACACCUUCCAGAACAGGCUGUCCCUGCUAGAAGAGUGGCGCGGUGUUCGUGAUGAAGCACUGUCGGAGCUCAGUGGGAUUAAGGGCUGCAUCUUCGUCCACGCUGGAGGCUUUAUUGGCGGGAACAAGAACAAGGAAGGAGCCCUGGAGAUGGCCCGGAGGACCCUGCAGGCCGCCGCCCAGUCCCCUGCAAACGGAAGCUGCUGAAGGGUCAGAGAGGACAGCCAACAGCACAUUUUGUUCUCGGGGGGAUAUGAUGCAGACAGUCUGACCAACCAACUCCAACAUCUUCAAAGCCUGCGAAUACCAUGGUCUUACCUUUCAAGGGUCGAUUUAUAUAGACACCUGGACAGUGGUUCAUCCUUUCAUUUCCAGCAUGCUGACAUUAACUGUAGCACUACAAAGAGAUGCAGACGUUACUUCCGCUGGCUCCAAGAUCAAAGCAUCAAUAAUGAGGCCUGAUUUAAUUCUGAGAAAUUAUAUUUUCAAAUACCACAAAGAGGUGCUUCUUAUGGCAGCCAGUGUCGUGACAAGGUUACCGGCAGUGGGACGAGCUGCACAGUCAAUUUCCCUGUAAUAAAGUCGGGGAUGUGCUUUGAAUUUUCUCAUUAAUACUCCAGAUUUUUUCCCCCUGUAUCUCUACCUGUUAAUCCUUCCUUAUUGCAUUCUCCACAAGGCUGCCCAUGUGCUACUCUUGCCCUACACAACAUAUUGCUCUAUAAUUUCAUUGCUGUGCAUUUUAUUUCUCAGUGCCAGUGCAAAUGCCACAGCAGUGAACAAAUAAUUCAUGUGUUCUUACUUACAGCUGUUAAAGGUGGGGUAUGUGAUUCUGGAGAAAUCCAAUAGUAUGACAAAUACCAUAAUAUAGAGCGAACGACGACACACCUAGUAAUAUAACUAACGUUAGCUAGGUUGUGGGUUAGCAUGCUGUCGCUACAGUUGCUGUAACAGCCAGAGAGGACGAGACGGUUUCUCAGAGCAGCAAACCAGCUCCAGACAGCGAUACUCACAACUCUCCUGCUACUAAAGCAAACACCACAACAGCAGCAUAUCUUGGCAAACUAGAAAGUAAGCUGAAUGUCUGUGGGGAAAGUCAUUUAACGUUACCUGACGCACAAAUCAUGGCUGGAACAGUGUUGUGUGGCUCGGUCCGAGCCACUUUGUUUGUUUCCCAUUUACAGAGCCAGGGCUGUGUACAAACAACAGAUUUUUUUUCAGCGUGCACACUGAAAAUGUGUAUUGGAUUAGAAUCACAUACCCCACCUUUAAUGUUGCUCUGCUUUUCUUUUCUUUUUUCCUCAUUUGUAAUUUGUUGUGUUUAGCGGUGUAGACUGUUAAUUCUUCAGUGACAGGACUUUUUUACCAUCUUUCUUUGUCACUGUUUGCUUUCUUUGUUUCUCUCUUAAUUGAAACAGACGGUUUUUAUGCUCUGAGUGGGUCCUGCUCAGAAAUACAUUUGUUGCCUUUAAGUCAAAGAAUUCACACAGAUAAUAAAUGGUUGUAAUAAUAAAGCUCUCAGUGUAUCAUCUAA